AUGAGUGGACGCCAGAUGAAGCGGCAAAACAAGAAAGAAGAGGAGGAAGAGGAAGAAGAAGAAGAGGAACUGCUUGAAGAGGAAGAAGCACCCGAAGAAGAAGAAGAACAGGAAGAAGAAGAAGAUGAUGAAAACACAAAGAAGGGUCGUGGUGUAAAGAAGGAAGGAAAUGCCAAAGGCAUUAAUAAUAAUAAUAAUAAUAAUAAUAAUAAUAGUGGUGAUGUCAACAAGGAGGUGGAUGAGGGUGAGAAACUCCCACCGUGUAAACCCGCCGUGAGGGAGAUAACACUGCGGCUGCCCGGUCAAGGCGAAGAGAAGAAGACCGUGAGUGUUCGACUCACUACACCCGCAGUGGCUCAAGUGGGGAAAAGGAAACCACCGCGUAAUGGGAAUAACACCAACCGUCGUAACAAUGUAGAUGACGAUGAGGAAAUAGAAGAAGAAGAAGAUGAAAUAGAAGAAGAAGAGGAGGAAGAAGAAGAAGAAGAAAGAAGUGGUGUUCGGCGUCACAGACGAGAGUGUCCUCCUUGGUUGCCGUAUCUUCUUAGUGAUGAUAUCUUUUAUUGGGAACGUACAUUAGAGCAGAUGUACGGCUAUGCGGUACCACCUGUUCAAGAAAACGAUGUUAAUCCCGGAUCUGGUGGAUUAAAGAGAGAGAAGUCUGAAGGGACAAGGCCGUUUGAGGAAGGGGAUGAAAAUGGACUUCACAACCUUCAUGAAGAAGAAGAAGAAGAGGAAGAAGAAGAAAAAGAAGAACCAGAAAUGUCGGAUAACACAAAGAAGGACGAAAAAGAACCUAUUCCCAGGAAUAUCUUCAGUGCCGGUGGUGAGACAACUGAGAACAGCACCAGUUGUUUAACUGUGGGAAGUCACAAGGCUCUUUAUAAUGACAUUUCUGGAGUUAUUACAGCUGGCGACCAACAAGGUGAUAAUGAGCAAGAUACUUAUGAUUCUCUCUAUCAACAUCAACAGCAAUCCAUGCCUUUAUCUUCACAAGGUCUUCUGAAGCAUUUAUCUGCGAAAUCAGUUCCUCUUACAGUAUUGCGAUUCCCAGAGGCGAGUACUAUUUUAUUUCUGGUGCGGGCGGCGAAUGGGCGGCGGUGGUAUUUAUUAGAUACAAUUCCCAAGCCAACCCCACGUGAUGGAGUAUCGGACCUCAGUACACAAAGUACUGUAGUGGAGAAGAAGAAAAAGAAGAGGGGAGACGAUGAUGAUGAUGAAGAAGAAGAAGAGGAGGAAGGAGAAGGAGAAGAAGAGGAAGAGGAAGAGGAAGGAGAGGAAGAGGAGGAAGAAGAAAAAGAAGAAGAAGGAAAAGCAGAUGGAGAGAAAACUAAAGAAGGUGAGGGACAACAAGAGCAAAACGAAGAUAAUAAUGAGGAUGAGGAUGAGGAUGAGAUACCCUCCUUGGAGGAUCUGGAUAUGAACUCUGUUAUAUGUAUUGAUGUACUUAUGCUCGCUGCAUUGCAGAGUCCUACUGCAUUGCGUUGUUGUCUUUCACAACGUGAAGUUGUCUCCUUUGCAUGUAUAGAACAGUGGCUGCGUAUGGAUCUUCAUGCCGCACUCCCAAUCUUUACUACGAUUCAUCGUAUGAUGUUAUCUGUUUACACUACAGGACAAAUGCGUUUACCAUACCGUCUUCAAGGUGGUGUUAUUGACUAUAAUAUUUUCUUUACACCAAGUUAUCUUUCGCAUAAUAUUAUUACCUAUCCACGAUUGAAUAUUAACAAUUCCCCACGAGCAAAAAAAAAACAUGGCAAGGAUGAUAUUUCUUUCGAUGGUGAGAAGCAAAGUAUUGAGACCAUGGAUGCAUUAUUGAAAGUAAAUCUUCUACCAUCUAAACUCAUUCUUGUGAAACAUUUAUCUUCUGUGGUAGGAAUACGAAUGAUAUUACAUCUCUUAAUGGGGAUUCCAAAAUCAUUACUUCUUUCCUGGGGUGCGGCUUCCCCCACAAAUGGAAUUAAGGAUAGUAAAACAAAUAUGAACCGAGAUUCUAUGGAUUUGGAUAAUGAAUAUGAUGAAGAAAAUGAAUUAAGCGAUGAUGAUCAUUCAGACUUUAAUGAUGAUUAUGAUGAUUAUGAUAAUAAUGAAGGGAGAAGAAGAAGAAAACGUCGUCUUGAUGAUGCCUCUGUAGCGGCGGAAUUCCUUUCACGUAAUGCACAUGAAACCGGUCCAUGGUUUGUUCCAUCUCCUUUCUUACUUGCCGUGGCUCUCGAGAUAAGGCGUCGACAGGCCCGUGAAAUGAAAUUACAUGCUCCUUCACAAUUCUCAUUAAUAGAGUGUGUUGCCCAUGCCCUUUUACAACGUGUAGAGGAUGGACGACCUAAACAAGAUCCACUUCUUGUUUCUGAAUUUUCACUCUUACCAUCUGAGUGUGUAAAUGUGGAUGGACUUGUAUUAUCAAGACCUCAACGAUUAUAUCACAGUGAUCUUGCCUUGUUAUUAUUGGCAUUAACAAGUACCAUGGUAAAGCGGGAAAUUGUAUUACCACAGAAAGAGAAACGAAAAUCUGUUGUAGUUCGAUCACGAACAUCUAUGUUUAAUAAACCACCAGAUGCUCAUCAUGAACUCUUCAGUUAUUUAUUACGUAAGAAGGCUGAAAAGAAACGAACUCCAGAAGAAAUGAUACAAUCUGGAUAUUUUCGUCUUCUUUAUCUUUCUUUAUUACGGUUUAAAAAUCAAUCUACGGUACAACUCUUACUCUCCAUGUCACCCUUGUUUUCUCUAUUUGGUCCAUUAGAUCGAUGUCCAUUUGAUGAUCUUCUUAACGCAUGGUUACUGGAUCAUAAUAUGGAAAAUGGUCAUCUUCAUAUUGAACUUUUCGUAGAAACUUUCUGGAAUGAAUUACACUAUCGUUCUACAGGAGGUCAAUUUGAUGAUCUUACAUUAAAUCGAGGUCGUACACUUCUUAUAAUAGAUAAAGUACAAGAACGUCGUAAAUCUUAUCUUUCCUUAUUACAUCAUAUGUGUUCACCUGUUCGAACACGAACACAAACCAGUAUGUUGCGGGCUUCACAAACAUGUAGUUCUUUAGAAGGAGCGGCAUCUCCAUUAGCGAAUCGACCAGCAAGUGCUGUUCGCAAGGCAACACCACCUCAACCGAUAAAUUUGUGUGAAUAUGAUGAAGAUUUCCGAUAUACAGAAGAACAAGUACGUUUAACGUUUGAAUCACUUUCAAUGGCACCUCGAACCUAUCUCACUCCAGAAACACUUUAUGCGGUUCUCUUUACUGGGCAAAUACGAAAUGUAAAUGCGAUACGUUAUUUAAUGAUCCGAUGUCGUGUGGUAACUGUACAGGCAAAUCCAUUAACAGACCCUCCUGUGCCAGCAAUGGAGUAUGCCCUUCGUUGUGGAGAUUUACAUGCUAUUAACAUUCUACUUGGUGUAGGUGUUACCCUGCGGGAUCAUAUUGAUGGUGGGAAUUUGGUUGCCGAGGCGUUAUUGGCAGAGUCAUUUGUCUCAAAGUUCACAACGCCACUAUUAGAAGAAUGGAAACAGAAGGAGAAACAAAGAAGUAUAGAUCCUUCCGUACACUAUGGAAUGCUUCGCACUGUUGUUAGUCCACCCUAA